AUGAACCUGGGCGCCUAUAGAGUGAGCUCCACCACUCUCCUAGCCCUCAUUUUUCUGGCCCUCUUUAUUGGCCACACCGCUGCCUCCUUGGGAGACCACCUCCCGGACUUCAAAGAAUGUGUCCAGGUCUGUAAAACCGAGAACUGCCAGGGCGGCAAUUCGGUGCUACCUCUGCACCACCGUCUGUUGCUAUGGACCUGCCCAGCCGAGUGCGACUAUACCUGCCAACAUGUCAUUACCGACCGCCGAGUCUCGCGUGACCCUCCGAUGCUGAACCCAGUCGUUCAGUUCCACGGCAAAUGGCCCUUCCGAAGAAUCCUGGGGAUGCAAGAGCCCUUUUCAGUUCUCUUUUCCUUCUUCAACUUCGCGGCCCAUUGGCAUGGCAUGUCCCGAAUCCAGGAGUCGAUCCCUGCCUGGCACUCCCUCCGGAAAUACUACAUGACCUUCGGAUAUAUCGGAUUGGCCAGCUGGACAUUCAGCAUGAUCUUCCACACCAGGGAUUUCGGUAUAACCGAGAAGCUGGAUUAUUGGGCGGCUGGGGCCAGCGUCCUGUACGGCCUGUACCUGUCCGUGGUCCGCAUUCUGCGCCUGGACUUGGAAAACCCCCAGUACCGCCCCACCUUGCGUCGUCUGUGGACGGGUAUCUGUAUUACGCUCUACGCGCUGCAUGUUAGCUAUCUCACUUUCUGGUCGUGGGAUUACACGUACAACAUGGCCGCCAACGUCGCAGUGGGCAUCAUCCAAAACCUGAUGUGGACGGUAUUCAGUAUUUUCCGGUACCAGAAAUAUCUCAAAUCGUGGACGGCUUGGCCCGGAAUGAUCGUUGCGUGGAUCAUCCUGGCCAUGAGUCUGGAGUUGCUCGACUUCCCGCCGUGGCAUGGCUUGAUUGAUGCGCACAGCCUGUGGCAUCUGGGCACUGUCGUCCCCACCGCUUGGUGGUACUCGUUCCUCAUCAAGGAUGCGCAGGAUGAUAUCGCAGGCAACCGGCUCAAGGCCUAG